AUGUUGUCCUCCUUGCUAACUGGCUUGGUGGGCGUCGUGGUGCUGCACUUCUACAGGGCAAGGCUGUGUUCCUGGCAAGAGUGGUUCCCACACUUUAUCAAGACAAUCCAGAAUUGGUCGGUCGCAGAAGCCAGCAACUCAAGACCAGCUGACCCUCAAGUUUUCGCUUCCGUGCACCAGAAACGUGAAAAGCUUCUGAAGGAGACGGCCGGCGUCUGGUCGGUCAUGAUUGAAGCAUUUUGGCUUCCAUACUUCUGCGUCGUGAAUUGUUUUGCCUGGGGCGACCCGUCACAGCUGCCUUGCUUCCUCAGUGGGUUCGUGGUGGUGCCUGCGCUGCACAAGCUUGCCAAGCCAGGUGUCAAGCUCACGGCUUCAGUGAUGCAGCAGUUCACCCUCAGCACGUACCUGGCGAUCCUUCUUUCCAGCGUGGGCUUUCCGAGAGAGCUGAUGCCUAUUCUCUAUGUUGCACGGAUCAUGCUCGGCAGCUUUGGCUCUGAUGCUCAGUUCUCCAACAUGGUGAAUAUCCUCAUCGCACCCUUGUGGGUGCUGUCGCACUGGAUGCAAAAGGCAGACGCUGCGACUGCUGAUCUCUUUUACUUUGUCAUCUCAGAGAUCAUAACCCUCGGUGUGACUGCAUUGGCUAUUGGCACACUCAAUGACAAAGAGUAUGAGAUCGCCGCGGCCAACAUGCAAUUGGAAGCCAAGGUCAGAGAGGUGGAAGAAGCGGAGCGCUCCGGUGCAGCUGCGCAGCGCCUGCUGGCUGUGACUUGUGAUGCUUCCACAAGGUUAUCGGAUGACCUCAGGAUAAUUGGUUCCUCACACAGCCUCUCCGAUCUGCUGAUGUGCGGCUUUGGUGCAUCUGGCAGCCAACCCAGCCUCGAAGGAACCCCUUUCAGCCGCUAUGUGGCCGCAGGUGACCAGCAGCGCCUCCAGGAGUUUAUCGCAGAGUCGUCCCAGAGAGACAAACCUCCAAGGUCGAUGCACCUGCAGAUGAAGGACUCCAGCGGAAUUUCGUUCAAUGCCGAGCUCUUUCAUGUUGCUGUUCCAUCGAUGAGGUCGGAUCAGGCGAUUGAGCACUUGAUCGGAAUAAGUCAGGAGAUUGCAGAGCGGACUGGGCCCACCGAGCUAGUGGACCGCUUCGAUCGCACAUUGCGAACACAUGUUUCUGCACAAUCCUCGGACAUGCGCCACAUCUUGGGUGCUGGCGUUAAGUCGGAUAAGCACACGUCCCCUGGCGAGAAUUUUUCAAGCAGCAGCAGGAGCAACGGAAGCGGUCGCAGCUCACGCAGCAGCAGGACUCAGAAUUUGAUCCGCCUCAGUGUGCUCGAGAAGGUAAACUUCGUCAUCGAUGUCCAGACGUUGCAUGACGACUUUGUCUUGCGCUCUGUCACGCUAUCUUUUAAAGAGACCGAGAACGGCUCGAAGUCAGCCAUGCCCAACCUGCUCGAAUGGAUGCGGCCGAACUACAGGGACAAGGUGUACAACUGGGUUCAAGCUCAUGCGAACGCCUUCUACACUGGCCGCGAAUGUAUGGAGACGCCGAGA